AUGGAGACAAUAAGUGUGUUCUAUUAGCUUUCAGGGAACAAUGUGGUCAUAGAUUUCCAUUGGUUUUACCCAUUUGCACACUAUGAAUUUGAAAGCUUGGCUCUGUCUGUUGGCUCUGAUCUCAAGUUGCCAGAAAAACUGCGUAUUGUAAAUGGACCCCCCUCCACACACACACAUCCCAUAUCCCUUUAUCCUACAUCCCCAGGUAGCUCCCCCAUGAGCAGCCUCUGUCCAGCCGGUUGUGCAACAUGCUCGGCCCUGAAUGGCUGUCUGUCCUGUAAACCUCGCCUUUUCUUCCACUUGGAGCUGGAUGGGAUGCGGCAGAGGGGCACCUGUCUGUCCGCCUGUCCCCGGGGGCACUACGGCAUGCGCUCUCCACACAUCAGCACUUGCAUCAGGUGCAAGGAGGACUGCGCUUCCUGUUUCAGUGAACAUUUCUGCACACACUGUCACCUGGGUCACUUCUUGUUCCGGGGCAAAUGUGAAAACAGCUGUCCGAACGGACUGACAGCAAACGCAGCACUGCGAGAAUGCACAGAGUGCUCUGUAGACUGUGAGGUGUGUGUGAGGAGGAACAUGUGUGUGAAGUGUAGAGCAGGCCUGUACUUUCUCGACGGCCAGUGCCAUCUCACCUGCCCGAGGGGAUUUGAGCCUGAUGUGCAGUCUCUACAAUGCAUCCCACAAGUGCACUGUCAGCUUGGGGAAUGGACGGAUUGGGGUCCAUGUGUUCGGAAAAGGAGAAUGCGAGCCUACAGGAGGGGGGGGGAGACACGUACCCGUCAAGUUCUGCAGUCACCUAGUCUCCACGGUGACGCCUGUCCACAUGUGUCAGAGAUCAGGAAGUGUGUCAUCAAAAAGAGACCAAAGAAUCCAAGUAUGUUGUAAUAAACUGAAAAGAAGAGACAAUUAAAACUAUUUGUUUUAACUUAAUAUUGCUCACUCUACUUUGGCUGGUAAUUUAAAAACUUGAAAAUACUAUUGUAAAUUGUGAAGAAAAAAAAAGGCACUCCAACAGGCAUUAUUAAAAGGGAUGGAUAUGAUGAUAUUACAUGAAACUUUUUUGUGCUUCUAUGAAUUCAACACCUUUGCUGCAUCGCUUGGCUUUAUGUGGCUGAAUCAGAGACUUUUUAUAUGAUUAGCAGUCGUGCUAAAUUGAUGCCACUUGUGUUUUGUUUUACA